GCAAUAAAAAGAGGGUAACUUACCCCUUCUCCUCUCCUUGGCAUUCUCUAUCCCACCAAAGUCGAUUAAUUCAUUUUUCUGAAUAGCCAUUCCCAGAAUCCAAACAUGGUCUUUUGAGGUUUUGGUCCCCGAUCACCAUGAUUCUUUUCAGUUUCACCUCCAUCGUUUUAAUCGCGUUUGGGGCGACGCUGUUCCAGACGGGGCAUGCGAAGAAGCUAUGGAGAAGAAUCGAAGACUGGUUCCACGUGUACCAGUUCUUCAAAGUCCCAGAACUCAACGACACGACGCAGCACAACCACCUAUACAGGAAGGUCUCCCUCUACUUACAUUCCCUACCUUCCAUCGAAGACUCUGACUUCGCCAACCUCAUCACUGGCAAGAAGCAAAACGACAUCGUCCUCUGCCUCGGCCCAAACCAAACUAUCGAGGACCAUUUUCUCGGAGCCACACUCUUCUGGUUCAACCAAACCGGAACCUUUCUUCUCAAGAUCAGAAAGGUGGACAAGCGGAGAAUCCUCCGUCCUUACCUUCAGCACAUUCACGCCGUCGCCGACGAAAUCGACCAGCGAGGGAAGCGCGACUUGCUUCUCUUCAUGAACAUCGCCGACGACUACCGACGCUGGAGAUCCGUUCCGUUCACGCAUCCUUCCACGUUCGACACCGUCGCCAUGGAGCCGGAUCUCAAAAGCAAAGUUAAAUCCGAUCUCGAAUCGUUCCUCAGAGCGAAGCAGUACUACCACCGCCUCGGCCGCGUCUGGAAACGGAGCUUCCUCCUCUACGGUCCCUCCGGCACCGGAAAAUCGAGCUUCGUCGCCGCCAUGGCCAAUUUCCUCUCCUACGACGUCUACGACAUCGACCUCUGCAAAAUCUCCAGCGAUUCGGAUCUGAAAUCGCUCCUCCUGCAAACGACGCCGAAGUCGGUGGUGGUGAUCGAGGACCUGGACCGGUUCCUCGCGGAGAAAACGGCAAGAAUAAGCGCGUCGGGGAUACUGAACUUCAUGGACGCGCUUCUAACCUCGUGUUGCGCUGAAGAGAGGGUUAUGGUGUUCACGAUGAACACGAAGGAGCAUGUUGACCCAAACCUGCUUCGACCGGGUCGGGUCGACGUGCAUAUUCAUUUUCCGCUUUGUGAUUUUUCGGCGUUUAAGACGCUUGCGAGUAGUUACCUUGGGGUGAAGGAGCAUAAGUUGUUUCCUCAGGUGCAGGAGAUUUUUCAAAACGGGGCGAGUUUGAGUCCCGCUGAAAUCGGUGAGUUGAUGAUAGCAAACCGGAACUCACCGAGUCGGGCUAUUAAAUCGGUUAUCACCGCCUUGCAAACGGACGGUGAUGGGAGGGGGUGCGGCUUGAUCGGACGGCAGACGGAGGACGAUGAAAUGGAUGAACCUGACGGGGUUGUGUGCGGUGAGACUUUCAAUACGGUUAAGGAUUUGCGGAAACUGUACGGUUUUUUCAGUUUCAGGGUUACUAGAAGAUCUUCGUCGUCCAAUGCUUCCUUGCCCCCCGCAAGCCCAUUGGAAAAAGAAUAAGCAAUGUUCUCGAUUGCACUUCAUUCCGGGGGAUACGCCCUUUCAAAAGAAAGCAAUUUGGGGGCAAGCUUCUUCUUCUUCUUCUUCUUUUUUGUUCAUAGCCGAAUUAGUCACAGCAUUUAUUCAUUGGAAAGUGUUGGUAAUUGUCGUUUUUGGAGCGAUUUGCAUGGGUUUGUAAGUGUAAAUCUUUAGAAAUAGAUUCCAUACAUGAAAACAAUUUGCGCAAAACAAAAUUAUCCUGUAGUGUUUGUUUCCCCAUUUUGGUGAAUUGUGAGUCCACUUUCAUGAAUAUACUUCUUCUAAUCAAAAUCCUUCAAGCCCAGUUGAAA